AUGACAAAUCGUUUUUUUAACCACCCCUCCACUCAACCCCUCCAGUCGUGUAAGCCGCAUGGAGUUAUCGCUUUGGAAUCAAGCAGACUCUCAGAGGAGUCUUUUGAGACUCCUUCGUCAAACGUUCAAACACUGGAGAAAUCCAAAAACUUUCAAAAGGACAGAAUGCGCGAAUCAAAGCUGACGAAAGAUGAUAAAGAGGUGCAUGAACAUUUACUAUACGAACAGAGUGUAGAAGGCGCAGUUGAGGGAAUGCGGAAAUUCUACAGGAAGGUUGGAUUUGUUGAGCGGCGAUUUCUGUAUGGUUACUACAAAAGCGGUGCGGAUGCGGUGGAAAUGGUAAAGGAGAUAUCUAAAGGCUCUAAGCGUCCAGUGAAGACUUUGUAG